AUGAUUGAGUUCACGGCGUGGGAAUCACUGUACACUAGCAACCGAAUCGAUAGAGUGGUUCUCGCUGAGCAUUUGCCACCAAUUUCUGAUAAAGCCCUCGCCUUCGAAAGCUACCAUAUUCAUCCCAACAAGGGAAUUUUUGGAGGCAGACAUGAUGGUGCCAUUAUGCAUUGGCCUAUCUUGCAGUCACAAAGUUUAACAACUCCAUGUGCAAACACAAUGCGUGGACACACAGGAGCAGUACUCACGCUUGACUUUGCAUCAGAUUUGGGACCCGGAGGUCUGCUCUUCUCGGGUUCAGCUGAUCGAUCUAUCAAGAUUUGGGAUCCGUGGAGUGGUAACGGGACUCCAUUACCCACAAAAAGUAGCCAUACCUGCGUGCAAACUCUCACCGAACAUUGCGGUAGUGUCGUUUGUGUGCAAAUCCUAGCACAGCAGAACCAUGGCCUCGUCAGCUGUAGCUUGGAUCGAACCGUGAAAACGUGGUAUCCCGCAGAAGGCCGUGCAUUGUUGCUGUACCCAUGGUUUCUGCCAGCUCAGUCAAUCUCACAACCAGGAAGUAGCUGGCCCUCCGCGCUUUGUAUUCGCUCUGGCACACUUUUUGUUGGAGAUUCAGCUGGAGGGAUUUCUGUCGACCAAACCGAUACCAGGUUCCAGUUCGGCUUGAAGCGAAAGUUUUCGCACUUCCAUUCGCUUGGGAUCUCGAGACUGGAGCUGGUCGCUGACAAUUGCUUCGUUGUAUCCCUGGGAUACGACGAGAAGGCUCAGGUCAUCGACGCGAUAUCUGGAGCGCUUUCGGCCACAAUCCGCAGUGCCAGCGGCGCGAGGUUUCUCUCGUGCUCUUGGGACGAACAAGAUCAAGUUUUACUUCUCGGAGAUGUGGCAGGUUGUGUUCACUUGUGGACUAUAUUUGAAGACAAGUUGAUUGGUAAAAGGCAAAUAGUAUCAAUGACGCCGUUGGCGAUUGUGGGAAUGUACUCCCUGUCGGGGACUUUAGCCGGCGAAUUUUUACUUACCGGACUGGCAAAUGGCGUGAAGCAGUGGCUCUGCAACCGCAACGUUGGUUAUGUAAACUGUAGCGGCCACUCGGAUGCAAUUGUCGGGAUUGUGUUUUUUAGUGCUUCAUUGGAUGGAUCAAUUCGCUGUUGGGAUUCCUACGAAAUGAAGGAGACGUUUAAAUUCGAAGAGAGAGACUCGGAAAUUACCUGCAUGAUCGCAUCAAAGCAGUUCCAUAAGAUAUUCACAGGACACGAAGGUGGGUUUGUCAAAGUGUGGAGCAUAUACGCUGGCGAAAUGUCAACGUUAGCACUGGAAGAAAAUAGCUCGGUCACAUGUCUAGCAGCGGGCAUUGUUCGAGAUCAGGAGGUUUUGCUCGCGGGAAGUGCCGCCGGGUGUGUUUCGAUGUGGGAAGUCAAUCAUGAUGGCUUUGCACGAGCUGUACCCUUUCAGCCAAUACUUUGGUCGGAGAAACAAGGAGAGGUUACCUCAAUUCUCUUUUGCAAGGGUAGCUUUCUAGCUCAAGAAGGACAAGAGUUUGUCGUGGUUGGCUAUUUAACAGGCCAGAUUGUAAUCUGGAGCUUUGCAAAGAAGGCUGUUGUGUGUUCAUUUAGGGCCCAUAGUGACGCAGUAUGCAGCUUAACUCUGCACGGUUGUUUCCUAUUCUCGGGCUCCGAUGAUACUCUUCUUCGCAUGUGGAAUACGUUCAAUCUGCCAGAAACCUACGAGCUUGGUGUGCUGCGGCCACCAUCUUCGUCCUCGUCGUCUGGUUCGGGAUCUCCCAUCGUGUGCUUGGACGUAAUGCCUUUUCUUGGACUUGUACUCAGUGCAGCAGCCGAUGGAACACUGCUCGUUUGGGACUACACGGCGUUUGAAGAUGAAAACGCGUUCGACGCGUACGGCAAAAUCGUGUUUUGGGCCAAGUAG